UUCAUACAAAUUCAUGCAAAAUCUAUCUACUCUCAUCUGUGUAGAUAAACUCUCUCUUGUUUCUAUUAUUUGUUCUGCUUCUCUUAUGAUCAUCAUUUACAACUAAAGUUUGAAUGUUGGAGAAGAUGGAGAAAAUGGGAAAUCUAGCCUCCUCAAGCUCUAACCACAUUUUUUUCAACCCAUCCAUCCUGAUUGUUCAUCAGCAGAUCAUCUUGCAAUACCAAUAGCAUUUCAAAAUGACUACUUAGUUGAUAGAGAAGAUAGUGAAGGGGUAGCAACUUUGAAGAGUCCACUGAAAACAUGGAAAGUGAAGCUGAACGACUUCAUGUUUACAGAUGGUUGGCCAGAAUUUUACAAGGCUCAUGAAUUAAGUAUUUGAUAUUUUCUUGCGUUUCAAUAUGAAGGUCAUGAUUUGAUUUUUCGAGUUUGGGUUUUCGAUUUGAGUUACUGUGAAGUUGAGUAUUCAAUAACACCAUUGAUGUCCGAGGGUGAAGAUGAAAAUGAAAUGCAUUGUGGUGAAACUGGUAUUCAGGGAAUGGAUAGAACUGAAAGUAUAGGUACUAGUGAAGGGAAAGGCGAAAGCGAAAUCCAAGGCAGUAAGUUGAUGUCUUGUAAAAUUGAAGAAGAUAGUGAAGAAACUGAUGAUGAUUAUGAACCCGAAGAAAUUGAAGAUGAUAGUGAAGAAACUGAUGAUGAUGAUGAACCUGAGGAAGUUAGUUAUAGUGCAACCAGCGUUUCCAAGUAUCCGCAUUUCGUAACUACAUUGAAGAGUUACAACAUUGGCAGAUCUUUCUUGACAAUUCCGACGAAGUUUGCGCAAUCAAACAUUCCUGGUGAUGUAGGAGAUAUAAUUCUUAUAGAUGAAGAAGGGAAAGAAUGGCCAAUUAAACUAACUCGUCGCAGUGAUGGCUAUGGAGUCCAUUUUGGGUUUGGAUGGUAUGACUUCCAGGCAGAAAAGAGGUUAAGAAAAGGAGACAUUUGUCUGUUUGAACAAGAGAAUGAAGAUAAGUUGGAGUUCACAGUUAGCAUUAUUAGAAUUAGAAAGUGAUUAGUUUAGUAGUUAAAGAGCUGAAACUAGCUAUUGAGUUGUGUGUUUUUACUUACCAUGUUUGGGUAUGUCUACAUGUUGUUUGCCAACUGCAUUACAGCUGCAGUUGCAAUGUCAAGUGGUUUGAUAAUAGCAGGAAAUAUUUAAAAAC